UGAGGCUUUAGGCACCAGCCACGCACUGGAUUAAUGCGUUUGCGCGCAUCGCUCAGGCGAUCCAGACGCGACGGGACUAGGAAGCUCGCGCGUCACCAAUUCAACAGCCCCUCUCGUCCUUCACCCAAGGUUUCUGGAGUAUCAGGACGGCCACCGCAACGAAACACAGCGAACCCCCAUCCCUGCAUACUCUCCCCAUUUCGAUACGCAAUUUCCGUCCAAACAAUAAAACAACAACAACAACAACAACAACAAAUAAUAGAAAAAUCAAAUCAACAACCUCGAGCAUGUCGGCCUUCCUCCGCGCCGCAUCCCGCGCCGCCGUCGCCCGGCCCGCUACGGUCGCCGCCGCCGCCGCGGCGCGCCCGUUCAGCUCGACGGGCGCGCGCCCCGUCGCUCGCAUCACCAUCGUCGGCAACCUGGCCGACUCGCCCGAGCUGCGCGCCUCGAGCACCGGCCGCGAGUACCUCCGGUACGCGGUCGCCAGCAACUCGGGCUCGGGCGAGAACCGCAAGACCAGCUGGUUCAACGUGAGCUGCUUCGACGAGGGCCCCCGCCGCGACUUCUUCCAGUCGCUCCCCAAAGGGACCUUGGUCCUGCUGGAGGGCGAUGUCUCCAUCUCCAACUAUGUCGACGGCGAGGGCAAGCCCCGCCAGGGCCUGAACAUCACACAACGAAACCUCGAUGUUCUGCGCCGUCCCUAUAACCCCCAGGUGGCCGAGGGCGGAGGCGCGCAGCAGUAGGCGGGCCGUUGGAGCCGUCUUCUGUUCGCAUCAAGUCACUUGUAUGGAUCCAGGUCCAGAGUAAGAUCUGGGAUGGUACUCUCCUCUCCGCAGCCAUGACCGGGGGUUCCGGGGUUGUUUCUCCGUGUCUGGGACAUGUAGUAUAUUGUUAAAUUGCCUCUCUAGUAUUCCGUACUAUAUACCAAUAAUUUUCUUGCGUCCAGUACAAAACUCC